UUCAUUCUGUGUCACUGGUUCAUCCCACGCUGUUGUCAGUCUGUCAGCUCCCCGCGAACAGUUGGGCUCUGUCGGAUCAGUUUUCCGGGUCUCUUCGGGGAGUUUGGACCUGGACUGUGUAUUUGAGAAUCUUACUGAGUUAUUUAUUUAAGUUAACGGUCGCGUUAAAGUUACUUUCUGUUUAGUGACUGCGCAGUCACAUGGAUUCAGAGACACACGGAACCGUCACAAUGGAUAGACGCUGAACAUAAACACACAGAGGCCUGUUCCAUGAAACAAACAGAGUCACAGGGAGCUCGCCGUUGGAGAGUUUCAGGGUUAUGGUUGGUUCCACUUUCCUAUUCUGGACUUUGACUGUAUGUUUGAGUGAGGGAGUCCAGACAUCCAGUGAAGAUCGUCUUCAGGUGGUCGGUUCUCGUCAGCCAAUCAGGGCUCCUCUGGGUGAUGAUGUCAUCCUGCCGUGUCAUGUGGAGCCUCCACUCAGUGUGGAGAACAUGACGGUGACUUGGUGGAAGUAUGACCCUGAAGACACAGAGAGCAAAAACAAGUAUGUCCACCGUUACCAUAACAACCAGGACGUAGAGGACAUGAAGCUGUCAGCAUACGUUGGGAGGACGACUCUGUUCACAGACGGACUGAAACACGGCAACGUUUCACUCAAGAUCACCAACCUGAAGCUCUCUGACCAGGGAAUAUACACAUGUUUCAUCAUAGAGUUAAAGACCCAACAGAGGGGAGCAACCAUUAAACUUAAUGUUGAACCAAACUCUGUUCAAACGACGACAGGUGACAGAGAUCUCCAAACUCCAGAUCCAAACAAUGAGACGAACGUUAGAGCUGGUCGUUCCCAUCUGGGCACUCUGAUCGUUGUGGUUGUCUGGGUCUUACUGGUCCUGGGUGGUGGAGUCGGUGGAUAUUUACUUAAACACAAGAAACAACAGGAAGUUCUGAAGUAUGACGAUGCCCCAAACAAACCAUCUCCAGUCUUUGCUUUAGAGUCAGCAGCUGCAUCAUCUGUCCAUUGCUUUCUUAUAGACUACUCUUCUCUGUCAGAUGAUAUAUAUUUACUUUUAAUUCAAUGUUGAAUAAUGUGACAAGAAUGUGUCUACGAUGUCAUAAUCUUUUUUUAUUUCAGUCAUGACCAAUAAAGCCGCUCUUUCACUAUAAAACUCUCUAUUGUUCUAUUUUAUAUACAAGUAUUAGUUUUUCACUGUGUUGUAUACUUUAAGGAAAUAUAUUACGCCAAACUAUCUUUAGGAAAUAUGACAUUUUAACAAUUGCUUUUGUGUCCGUAACAAUUCAGACAGUCUGACUGGGCCUCAGUAUAAUCCAUAAAGAUUAACUUUUUGACCAUGUUGUCUCCUCAACUCUGCAGUCUCCUGUGUGAGUGGGAGAAGACUGUGGGAAUGAGAGACCGCUUUAAUAAUGAUUAUUUCUCACUGGCAUAAGUGCUGGUUGGUGGAUUAAAUAUACGCCGAAUUACAGUCAUAACGUUGUUAAUUCACUGUUUAUUAUUAUGUGUGUGUCAGAGUUUUAGACCACAGUAACUACAUGCAACUUCUGUCUCCAGGAAGACAAUAAUAAACACACUUGACAGUA